GUCAAGAAGCGUACGUGAGCAAAUUGAAAGAAGAUCUGUUUGACGAAGAUCUCAUUGUCAGAUGCAAAUGGCUCUCAACAAGAAUCUUGAUGGUGCUGAUGCUAUACUUGUGGGUGGUCUACCUGAUUACAUUACAGAAACACAGAUCAGGGAAUUUCUUGAGACUUUUGGUCCACUUCGUGGCUUUGAAUUGGUGAAAGAUAGAGAUACUCGAGCAUGCUGUGUAUAUCAAGAUCCUGCAGUUACAGAUAUUGUUUGUGUUGCUCUGAAUGGAAUAAAAUCUGGAGAUAAGACUCUUACUGUUAGACGAGCUUAUCAAGCUGAAAACCAGCCAAAACCUGCACUACAGAGAGUCAUGUUUCCACAAGAAUUAGCGGCAACGAAGCCGAAGGUUGCUAGUUUAAGCCAGGGUAUAUCUGCUGCUGCUGAUGGACUUGAUGGUCCUGACCGUUUAUUUGUGGGUGGUAUUCCUGAUUACUUUAGAGAAGCAGAGAUCAGGACAUUUCUAGAGACUUUUGGUCCACUUCGGGGCUUUGAAUUGGUGAAAGAUAGAGAUACAGGAAUUUCAAAGGGUUAUGCAUUCUGUGCUUAUCAAGAUCCUGUGGUAACAGAUAUUGCUUGUGCUGCUAUGAAUGGAAUAAAAUUUGGAGACAAGACGCUCAUACUUAGACGAGCGCCAAAACCUGAGCAAGAAGGCAGAUUAACUCAUGCACUACAGAGACUCACGCUUCAGCCAGAAUCAGUGGCAACGAAGGUUGUUCGUAUAAGUCAGGCUAUAUCUACUACUGAUCUGAAAGAUGAUAAGGACUAUGAAGAUAUUGUAGAUGAUAUGAGAAGAGAGGGAUCCAAAUAUGGUACUUUGGUUAAUGUGGUGAUACCUCGGCCCCGACCCAAUUGGGAACCAUCACCACCUGGAGUUGGAAAGGUGUUUUUGGAGUAUGCUGAUGUGGGUGGUGCAACAAUGGCACAAGCUCAGUUGAGUGGACGAAAUUAUGCAGGGAAUCCAAUAGUGGCGGAGUUUUAUGCUGAGAAAGAAUUUGCUAACUUGAUUAUGAAGCCUAAAUUAUGAAGCCCAGCUGUUUGUUAUUGCCAUUUAGCUUGGAUUCACAUCUUAAAUUUGUAUUUCUGUAAUUCCUAGGCUCAUCAGUUGAACACGGAAUAUAAAUAUAUAUUUUCUUUGGUGGGCCUUCUAGCCAGCCGAGUAAA